AUGGACUCAAUGGAAAUAUGGACAGGAUACUUCAAUCUUCUAAAAACCAUUAUGGGGGCAGGGAUAGUAAGCUAUCCCCUAUUCUUUGUUGAAUUCGGGGUAGUUACUGCAACUAUUCUCUCUUGCUUUUCAUCUCUUCUCACAUUCAGCAGUCUGAUGAUGCUCUGCGAGUGCGCCGACUACUCCAAAAGCAAGAGCAAAACAUUUUCGAGCGUUCUCAGCAAAGUGUGGCCGAAUGUCGCAGGGAUGUUCAACGCAGUGGUGUUUAGCAAGUGCUUUGGCGUGAGCGUCUCCUAUCUUGUGCUUCUGCAGCCUCUGCUUCAGUACAUUUUCAAUCUUUCAUCCAUACAGAUACUCCACAACAUGAAAUAUGCACACAUCACCCUUUUGUACGCCCUGAUCAUGCUUCCUAUCUGCACAAUGAAAGAUCUGCGGAGUCUCAGGUUCACCUCCAUUAUCGGAGUGAUAGGCGUGUACAUCUGCAUAGCAGGAAGCAUCUACAACUACGUCAUAAUAAAGGAAAGUACACCGCGCAUGCCCGCUACUUCUCUUUUCAAUCCUCCUUCGUACAGUUGGAUUGGCUUUGCAGGGCAGUUUAUAUUUUCAUUUACCUGCCACCAGAAUAUAUUUGGAAUCAGAGCGAACCUCACAAAUCCUUCGAUCAAAAGCAUGAGAUACAUAGUUGCUCUUGGCCUAGGCACUGCUCUUCUCCUCUACAUUAUAUUCGGUGUUGUAGUAUAUCUGUCGUAUGGCUCAUCGAUCGAGGAUAACGUGUUUAACUCUUUCAUUGACGGCCCUGUAAAAAGGGUUGUGUUUAUAUUUUAUACCAUAUUCAUCUCCUGCUCGUUUCCCCUGCAGGUGCACCCUGCAAGAGACUGCGUAACCGACUGGAUGGCGCAGAUAUGGCCCUCUACAGCGGUAACUAAAGGCACUAGGCCAAUCAGCAACUCAACUAUGUGCAGGAUAGGAUCUACCGCUGCUAUUAUUGCACUCAGUGCUUCGCUUUCUCUUCUUCCUGUGGGAUUGUCCACUAUUCAGACGGCGAUAGGGGGCAGUGCAUCGAGUAUUAUGUGCAAUUUCAUUCCUGCUAUCUGUCUGAUGAAGCUGCCGAGGAAAAAAACAGGGGUAGAAAAGACUUGUGCGAUUCUAUUGGUUGCCUACGGUCUGCUAGCAUUCACGGGCGUGUUCAUAAAAAUAGCAGGAAAUAGAAAGUAG